AAGUAAAAGGUAAAACCUAUAUCUGAAGUACUCCUCUGCCUCUUUCAUAAAGGAUAUUGAUAUAUCAGCUAGAUCAUAGAUCAUAAACGCAUGCCAGACCUCAGGAGCUGUAACAUAUUUCUGUCCAUUCAGAAAUGAGAGUUAUAUGGGGUAAUACUGUAAGGUGUUUGACAUCGGUGUGUUACACCUCUAUAAAGACUGUAUUUUUUCUUAGUUGCAAAAUUGAUCACUGUUGAAAUAGCUCCUCUGUGCUGAUGAUCAUCAAGAAUGAAAUUUGAGUCACAUCCAACUGAGUGGAUUGCAGAUCUUCUACAGUGUUGAUUCUCAGCCAGUGCCAUACAUUUCCCCACUGAAAGAUGGUGUGUGGUGUGGAGUGUGGACCAAACUAGUAGAACUGCACCAACUCCAUUUUUGCAGGCCCUUCGGUGCUACUGCCUAAGGCAGCACAGGACUGAGAUGCCCCAUCCUUGGAGGUGUUCAAGACCAGGUUGGAAGGGGCCUUGGCCAACCUUAUCUAGUAGGUGGCAUCCCUGCUUAUGGCAGGGGGUUGGAACUAGGUGAUCUUUGAGGACCCUUCCAACCCGAGCCAUUCUAUGAGAGAAAAGUACUCACUCUGGGAGAGAGUACGAAAAGGUGAGGUGAGGACAGAGGUAGAGGGACUGGACAGGCUUAAGGACAUCAGAGAGAAGGUAGAAAAGAAUGCUCCAUGGUAGCUUAUUUGAAACAGUUUGUUCUGAAGCAGCGCACUAUACGUUUAAGAGCUGUAAGAAUCAUGUAAAUUCUUACUGUCAAAUCCAGUAUUACAGAUUUAAUAUAUCCAGGAUUUUUUCCAUUAUUUCCUACAGAAAUUCAGAUAAACAAUACACAAGUAUAAGAAUUUAUUUUUUAAAUUAAAUUCCUAUUAUUGCUCAACUAAGCCAGGUUUAUUUGUUUUUAUAGUGGAAGAGUUCCACCACCAUUUAGGAACUAGUAAUUGAUACAGUAAUGUACAACGUUUGUAACGUGCACUGUAACUCUUUGAAAAGACAAGUUUGUCAAGAUUUUUUUAAAUCUGAAAAAUACUCUGUUCCGCUCAUCAGCUCUUGGCUAGUCGCACUGGGUAUACUGGCACCAGUGUUCUUACUGGGUCAGGUGUUUGCUUUCACAGUGCAUCUCCUAACUGCCCUCCUUUCGUUGUCACAGGGUGGUCUUGGCCAUAAAUGAGAUUCUGUUCAGAUGAGAAGAAGCUGAAGGAGGUUCACUAAGAGUGCUCCUGAUGUGCUUCAGCUACUAAAGUGCAUCGGUCCAUCUGACCAGACAUAAGCAAGUCAAGAGAAAGCAUACAGACUGUAGAUGUUGAGGCCACUGUACCAUUUGCUUCACACAACUUUUGAAGACAUACCACUGUAUUGUCUAAGAGGGACAGUUUUGUUAUUUUUUUUAUCAUGAGAAUUGUAGAAAAGCAACACAAAAAUCUUGUCAAACUCCAAGUUUGACUCCUUCCUUGAUGUAGGCACUAGCUGUCUAAGUGCAUAUAUAAUUCCCUGUUUUUGACAAUGGUGAUUUACCUACUUCUUAGAACUGCUUUUUUGUUUUGUUUUGCUUUCCUUGUCUCAGACUACUUCAAUAAGACAUUCUUCUGUGAAGACUGAAUUUGCUUUUCCUAUUAAAGUGAAUCCAAAGAUCACUAAGAAGUUGAACUACCUCAUCUGCUAUGUGUGCUAAUUAGAGUCAAAUUUAAUGGACUUUGAUGUGAAGUCCAGAGUGAUUCAGAAAGAUGUGGAUUUUCAACUACCUCUAGGGGAUGCUGUUGUGUCAAAAGUUCCAGUGUAUUAAACAUUUUAUAUAUAGAUUUGGGUAUUUAUCUGCCUUACAAAAGAAAAGUGUGUGUAAUGCUAUGGGAAGUACUCUAGCUAAUAUAAAACAGAGAUAGUACAGCAUAUAACUGCGUUUGCAACCAUCAAUGUACAGAAGAGCAGGUAAGAACUAACAAAGGUCCUGGGGUGAUAACAGCUUGUUUUUCUAUGUAUGUUGCAUCUAAUCUGCUGAUGCAGUGAUUGUUUUCAGUUCAGUGGAAGGUAUCUCAAACUGGUGAAGACUUUGGUGAACAGCAGUUUGGAUGAAGCAGUUGGUAAUUCUGUGCUUUCAAGAGCAGACAGUACUUUACAGGAAACCUAUCACUAUUUAAAAGUUAACGUCCUCUGGUUGUUGAGCUUUUGAAAGUUUUCUUUCAAAGAAAACUCAUUUCAUGUGAGUGGAUUUGGGCUUUGGAAUGCUUGAGAUGUGUUUACAUUGAUAAUUUUUCUUUUUUAUUCUUUAACCAGGCAUUCCUCUACUUUCAGUAUUGAUAUUUUAAUUUAGGUAUUGAUAAAGCUUCCAGGUAACAGGUUGUUAUUAUUUAACAUGCAGCAUCUAAGUUCAUUCUGUAACAUUUCACAAGUGUUAAUCAUAGUGUAUACUGAAGUCAUUCAUACAAUAAAAUGAUCACCAUUGUCUAAAAACCAGUAGAGCUGUGACUACUGGUCUAAUGAGGACAACUUCUUAAUUAGUGUGUGGUCAACAAUACUGAGGAGUGAGUGAUUUGUAGACAAUACCCAAUACUUCUUUUCCAAACAAUUUGAAGAAAAAUGUAUCUUUGCAUGUAGAGGGGAAUUUAUAUUGGACUAGGAGCUAUAAUGUCCUUGUAUAGCUAACACAUUAUUUGCAAGCCCUGUUGUGUAGACCACUACUCUAAAGAAGUUUAGAAUAUGACUUUUUUUCUUCCUCAUCACCUGCACUUCUCGUAAAAAUUUAAGUAUUUUAAACUGGAAAAAUUCAAUGCUUGCCUCUUCUUAUCCCUCCUAAGGAUCCAUAAAAUGUGUUGUAGUAAUGUAAAUUCAGGGAUGCUCUGUUUAUUAAAAACUUCACAUAUUACAAAUAUUUUCCCCGAAAGCUUUGGCAUAUCUACAUAAAAAACUUGCAUUUCAUGCUGAAGAAACUUGCCUCUUUUUGUUAAGUUGUAGGUAUGGAUUUUUAUCUCGGUUUGCACUAUAAAGGGCUAACACUUUUUUUGAUGCCUUUAUUAAGUGGUUGUUUUAAUCUAUAAAAUUGAUGUAUAGUAGCUUUGAAUUUUGCAUAUGGACAACAUGAUCUGCUACUUAAAACUUCUGGUCCCCAUGCUUGAAAAUAAUAAUUUUCUUCUCACUAUUAAAAACAUUUCUCUUUCUAGAAACUACCAGGUACUACUUACUACUUCAGUCUGGAGAUGAGUGAUUGCAACUUUAGCAGUAAUGAAUCCUGUGAGGGGGGGGGGGCGGAAAAACACACAUUUUUUAUUAGAUACUAUCUGAGAAAUAUAUUGCCAUUUAACCAUUAAAUCUUUGUACCAUAUUAAAAUCUUAAAGAUUAAUAAUGCUUCUAGUAAGGAGAGGGCCCUUUUUGCAUAUAAAUAACGAAUAAAAGACUUCUAGACCUUCAUUUUCCUCGUAAUGGUUCCUUUCAGGUAGUUUGUUUCUUGCUGUAUUAAAUUCAUUGUUGUUCAGUGGACAUUAUCUUUCAAAUGAAGCAUAUAGGUAAUGCACAUGACUACUUUUUGGUUUUGAAGGGAGAAGAAACUUUAUUUGGGUUCUGGAGAAUCUUCCUUGGAGAUAAAUUUCUUAUUCCUUUUUAGUAGUAGUAACUUUACCUAAAUUACCUAGUCUCAUUGAAAUAUCCAGAACAUUUUAAAGCAGCAGUUUUCAACAUGCUUUAACAAAAUGUCAUUCCACGAGUGCUUCUGUAAAGUACUAUCUUCCCCUUGUCUAACAAAGUGGAGAAAUUCCUAAGGUGGAAAUCAAAGUGUGUUAUUGGUUCUCAGUGGGUGCACGCUCCUUUGUGUACCAUUAAAAUUCUCUUUUCCAGGAAGGCAGGGAAGAAUUAUGGUCCAAGCCAAAGAGGAGAGAGGCAGUGGCAAGAUUAGGACUCCAUUAGCGCUUUUUUUUUGUUGUUGUUGUUCAUCUUAGACCAAACUUCCUCCAUAUUUAUUUCUCCUUUUCUGUCAGAUCAGACUUCAGGUGUUGAUCAGCCACAGGAAAUGCAGGCUGAUGCCCAUUAGGCUAGCACAUGCUUACAUACGUACAGAUGUCCUGCCCUCUCCUGAUGAGUCGCACACAUCUGUAGAAGCGGCUGGAGCCUUUGUGAUCAAGGUUUGAGCUGCAGAAGGGCAGACCACAUCCUGGGAUGACAGCAACUGCUGUAAAAAUCUCCAUUAUUUGUGUCACGUAAAGUGGAGCGGUGGCAAUUGUUAAAAAUCCAGAACACAGAAAUUUUUAACUGCUAAUGUUCCUUAAAGAAAUCACACGUAACGGUGUGAUUGAAUCAUGGCAGGGUGUGUAUGCGGACAGGUAUACCCGCUGGGUCUCGGUCCCUUAGCUGCAGUUAUCUGUAUCAUAACAGAGCAGCUGUUCUCUUCUGCCCCUGGCAAAUGGCGUUAUUUUCACUGCAGCAAUACCAGGCCAUGUCUGAGGCCGUGCUGGGAAAUUAAGUAAAGGUUUAAGAGAAACAAUGGCUUUUGCAGGGUUGAUUUAAUGCAGUGGUGUUGCUGAGCAGCCCGCCGGGCCCCUGCCCGCGCUGAGGCCUCUGCUCCCCGGGCUCCAACGCCGUGCGCCCCGCACCGCUUGCAGCAGCAGCGCUGCUUCCUGUCAGGAGCCGCUCCGACAUGGCCCCUUCUGUACAGGCCCCUUCUGUGCAGGCUCUCCACCUCCUCCUUCUCUUUCUUUCAAACACUUAGUGCAUUUAGAGCCUGAUCUUGUGCAGAAAAUAUCCCUGACAUUUGAAGAGCUCCAGGGAUUCACUGAGCAUGCUCAGUCCUCCCCGCCUGAUAGAGAGAGGAAGCUGGUUUACAUACGAGUCAUACCAAGCAUAGCCUGCAUGUCAGUGCAGUUAACUUGCAGCGGGCUGUGAGGAGAACUAGUGUGUCUUUGUCCUAGGAAAUUUCCCUUGUUUCUGUUUUCUUUCUUCCCCCCUCCCCCCACCCCCUUUUUUUUUUUUAAAUUGGAAAAAGACUUGAAAAGUUUUCAGACAGUCUUCUUUGUACUGAAGGACACAAUAUACUUGUAGUUUGCAGAAGUUUGGAAGGGAGCGUGUGUUUUAAUCCCUCCAACUUUCCUUUAAUAUACUUUGUUUUGAUUAGCUGAAGGCUGGGCCUUGUGCUAGUGAAGUUUAGGGAGCCGGGAGCUUACUCGGCACCAUUUGCCUGGCUUACUUCUCCCUGAACCUGGGCGAAAGCAAACAAGCUGGUCUUUUUUGCUAGCCCGAUAAAUGCUAUUUAUGAAGAUGGACCUGUUGAACUACCAAUACUUGGACAAGAUGAACAACAAUAUUGGCAUUCUGUGCUAUGAAGGUGAAGCAGCUCUAAGAGGUGAGCCCAGAAUGCAGUCUCUUCCAGUAUCCUCUGCUCUAACCAACCAUCGAACAGGCCCUCCUCCUAUCAGCCCCAGCAAGAGAAAGCUCAGCAUGGACCAAGGGGAUGAUGAGCUAGACUGUGAAAAUGAACAUGUUUCUAAAAUGAGUCGAAUGUUCAAUCCACAUCUAAACAAGACUGCCAAUGGAGAUUACCGGAAGGAGCACAGAGAGAGGAGUCGCAGCCCAAUAGAGAGGGCUGCUGCCCCAACAAUGAGCCUUCAUGCCAAUCACGCCAUGUACGCCUCAAUCCCAAGCUUGACCAUGGAUCAACCUCUAGCACUGACCAAAAACAGCAUGGAUGCAACCCGAACAGUCGGCAUCACACCUACACUGACUUCUGUGGAACGGCAGCAGAACCGUCCAUCCGUAAUUACAUGUGCUUCUGCCAACAACCGGAACUGCAACCUCUCCCACUGCCCCAUUGCUCACAGCGGCUGCGGUUCGGCAGUGCCUGCUUACAGAAGACCCUCUAGCACUACCACUGCCUGUGACCCAGUGGUGGAAGAGCACUUCCGCCGAAGCCUUGGCAAGAAUUACAAGGAGCCUGAGCCAGUGGCAAACUCUGUGUCCAUCACAGGAUCAGUUGAUGACCACUUUGCCAAAGCACUUGGGGAUACAUGGCUUCAGAUUAAAGCUGCGAAGGACGGAGUGUCCAGCAGUCCUGAGUCUGCUUCACGGCGGGGCCAGUCUUCCCCUUCCUCCCAUAUGGUCAAUCAUAAUCACUCGCCCUCUGUAGUCUCAUGAAGAGAGGACCGUUACGUUUGUGAAUUUGCAUGGUUUGACUGAGCUUUGAACAGUGCUUAAAAUAGUGUUGGGGGAGGGGAGAUUAGUUUUCAACACGUUUUUUGUGUACUCACUUUUUAUUUGUAAAAGGGUGCCCUUUAAAGAUGAUAGCAGGAACUAUUUCAUAAAGAUUCAUAUGAUGUAGCAUCCUUUUUUCCUGCCUCAAUUACCAAAGAAACCUCUGAUGCAAAUCUGCUGCCCCUUAAAAAAUGCACGCUAAUCCACAAAAGCCAUUACACAUAGUUGGUUGACCCAAAUGCUUUUUGCUUGUACUAGCUUCUUGAGACUAGAAUUUGUCUGGUUUGCUUACAUUGCUUUUUUUUUUUUUUUUUUUUCCCUCUGUGAAGUAAUUUUGUAUGUAUAUACUUGAAAAGAACUGUCAUGUAUGAUUUGCACUAUUGGAGGAGGACUGAAGUUGCAUAGCAACUUUCUGGUAAGAUGCUAAUAUUUUGAGGGCAAACUGCUGAAAAAAGGGUUUAAGGAUGACAUUUCUAUCAGUUUGAUUUUUCUUAAAGCAAAACAGCUUUGGAAGGGGAAGUCUCAUACAGGUUAUAGGUCUUUCUCUCUUUAGAUUUCAGGUGCUUAGUGCUUGCAACUGGACUGCAUAAUUUACAGAACACGGGCAUUUUUUCCUAAACACUGCAGUUUGUUAGAAUAGAGCUGAGGUUGGAGGGUUCAAUAGUGCUUAACGAUGCAUGUUUUAUGAAAAAUAGCUGGUAUCUAUUAAUGUAUAGACAGUAAGAAUCAUAAUACUUAUUAGCUUUUCUUCAGAAUUAGUUUAUUUUUGUCAGUAACAAUCCUAGAUAUACUUACUGCUGGUACAGUUGUACUCUAUGAUAUUUGUAUUUGAUAUUCACUUUAGUAGCAGCCAGCAAAAGAGGACAGCCUCAGGACAGGCCUCAAAUGACGCAGUUUAGAAAUAUAUGAUGCGUGGUACAGGAUGCUAUAGCUUUGCGCAUGACUAAGUAAUUGUUUCUGUCUGCAGCACUGUCUGCUUAACAGGAAUUUGCUUCCUAAAACUAAGUCUGUGUAAUCCACCUUUAACUAGCUGCAGAAACUGAAACUGCUACCGUUACGUAUCUUGGCUGGACAACAGAUUGUUACAGUUUGUGAAAUAUGAUCUUUAAUUUUUGUAAGCUUAUUCAUAAACCUAUGCCAAGUUGCAGCAUACAUUCCUCCAUUAGAAAACUUUAUACAGGUAUUACUGCAUUUAUUAUCAUUUGCUAUAUUAAUAGCUACUAACUAGAAAUUAGGCAAUAGAGGCAGGCAUAAAAACCACAGCUGUGCUAGUACUAAGAGCUUCUCUUCUUCUUGUUAAGUAUAACUACUCUCCCCCAUACAUUCCAUCUUCCCAGUACAGUUGCAACUAGGGCUUUUUUUUUAUACUGCGUUACCUGAAAUGAGUGGUUCAGUGUGGAAAGUUAGAACUAGUUGGAAGAUGAACUACAUGUGAUGUAUUAUGGACUGUGUUACAGUAUUGGGUCCAUUGUGGCUUUUAUUUUAUGGGUUUUUUAAAGUUAAGCUAUUUAAUUUGGAAAAGGUGCAGGGUAGAAAGAUCAGGAGAUUGGCUCUUACUCUUGUUGAGAAGGUGGCUGCUCAAUUUUCUUUAAAAAAUCAAAAAAAAGGCAAAAAAAAAAAACCCUAAGCCCCCAGUUUUACACAUUUCACUACCAUCUUACUGGGUAGUCAACGCUUACUUGCUUUGGCAUUCAGUACCCUACUCUCUGUAGGAAGAUUGUUAAAAAACACUUUUUUAUAUAGGUAACUUUAAGACCAUCGUUACGCUGUGCGUAAAGAAUGUACAGAGAAAUUUGUAGGUAUUUUUUGAGGAACAAUUAAUUUGUUAAUGAUAUGUAGCUAUUUAAUUUUUCCCUUUCCUUUAUUGUAAUCAUUCAUUUUUUUUGUUUGGAGAAAAAAGUUGAUCUUUUUUUUGUUGUAGAUUUGUCUGUAAUACAGUAAAAGUGCAGGAACACAGUUAUUCUAUGAGAACACUGCAUUAGCAUUAAUAGCCACUAGUUUGUUAUUGCUACAGGCUACUGAGCAUUAUAACAGUAAAAUACUAAUACUGUAGAUGGACUCUGUGGAAAAUGUGACUCCUAUAUUUCUUUGUAAACACAAAUAAGAUAAUGUUUUUAAAGCUAAUAUUUUCAAUAAUAGCUGUUUUACAAGGUUACAUUUACUUAUCUGAGAUAGGUAAAUGGAUUUGAGGGCAAUAAAGAUUUAAUGUGAUAUGUCCAGUAAAACAUAUAUUAAAGACAAUAAUGCCAUGAAAGCCAAAGGGUUGGGGGGAGGUGGAAGGAAACUAAACUGAACUCACCAUCACGACGUGGUGAAGUUUAUUCACAGAGCCAGGUUAUCUACAGUUCAGUUGGAAAGAUUCUCUCUGUGUUUGUAAAUCUGUAAUAUACCAUUCUUUUGUGGCCUUGUUUCACCUGGAAAAAAAAAAGGUUUGGCAGGCCAUCUUUUUUUUGUACUUAAAAGUAGCCUUAAAGAACAAUAAAGUGCUCUUAAAUCA